AAAGCUUAUUAAAUAUAAACAGGUUGUUUGUCCUUGAGUGAACAGUUUGUAUUUGUUGUGUGACGAGCAAUCUGUUUAACGCACAUCUUCGACCUUCUUUGAAAAUAUUAGACUAAAAAUCAGGAAACAAUUAUUCAGAAUAAAAACGCUAAGAACAAGUUGAGCUAAAGUACCUCGACCUAAAUAUAGACGAUGUUGCGGCGCAAGCGGUUGUCUUUGGCGCCCGAUUCGCUGGCAGACCUCAGGGAAAUCUCUGCCGAGGAGCUACAAGGCACCCGAGUAGCGCGGGCCCUUGAACUGCAACAGAAGACAGAGGAGCGACAAAAUGAAAUGGAUAAACAAACUCCGAAUCUUGAAGGUGACCAACUCUCAGCGUAUAUCCAAAGCUGCGUAAAGCUUUCACAGGACAACAAGAUCACAAUUAGGAACGCGUUUGAUGUACAGCUUAUCGACUAUAUGAUUUCGUUUGCUAAAGAGGAGAAAGAUGGCAAUGCAACAAACUUCUCACUAGCUUCCAUGACACUGGAUGCAUCGGGUAAGAUUUACGGAUAUAGAGUAGAUGCCGUACAUCAGGAUGUUUUCAGGCUCGUAUCUGGCAUAGGUGUUGGCAAGAACAUCGUAAACGAUGGUGGCAUACCUGCGGCACCUGAAGAGCUCGAUCAAGACAGGAACGAUCAAACCAAAAAGGCGAAAAAGCGUCGCCUGAGAAGUACAUACAUCGGCGAAGAAAACGCUCAUAUCGGAAAUAUUGAGAUCGAUUACGAAAUCAGUGGAAACGACAUUUUAACGACGGUUCACCACAACGAUGGAAACGCCUUAGGCCGAAUAAUGUCAUACAAUUUGGUUCCAAUGGAGACGGACUCUGUAGACAUCGAAGGCAGUAAUGCGUGGUGGCAGGCUAAUGGCUCUGUUCAGUAUGUCCCCUGUGUGGCUGAUAAUUUGCCUACGAUAGCCGAGCGCCUACCACUAUCGACGUACUUACUCGAACAGAACAUGGAGGCUACUUUUGCGGUUGAGACCUCAUGUCCACUACCAAAUCACCCAAGCCAGGGCGAUUACAACAACCUUAAUGAGUCGGUGGUGUUUGACCCUGAUGCAGAGCCACUUCCAGUAGCGGAGGAUGCUCAUGACAGUCAUAUGGACAUUGCCCCUAACAUGUCAACUAUUAUGGAAAGAAACAAUUUUGGGGAAGUAACUACUUUGAACCAAACUGCGAUAUUUGCGUUUGACUUUCUCGAGCAGUUGAAGUCACAGGGACUCAACUUUGCCGGGCCAACCCAGUUCAAACUCAGACGCUUCAAUAUUUUGGGCCACGAGAAAAAAAAUCCUGGAGGUACACAAGCACAGAAAAACCGAAGUAAAAGAAACUUGGACUAUGUCAUGUUUAAUGACGACAGCUGUGUCGAUUUUUUUGAGGAUGCUCAGCCAAACUUGCCAAAAACAAAGGGAAGGGCACCAGCCCGGUCCGCUACGACGUUAGCUUCGUUGACAAUGGAUCGCUGGACCAGCGAUUCAACCACACUCACAGUGGAAUUUACUCCAUCGAGCUUUGAGCGCCUGACACAGCUGUUCGAGCUCAGCAAUAUCAGCGUACAUCAAAAUAAACAGAAGCCCGCGGAGGAUUUUGGUGAAGUAGGCCGAUUAAUUGAGUAUCGAGAUGAUGCAGACGAUCGGCCAGUAAGCCCUUGCGCGGACGAUCAUUUUAGCGAUUUAGGAAGAGACGCUGAACACGCAGAUCGGGAUUUCAAUAUUGAAAACGUUGAGGCUGUCGACAACGACUUCAAUGUGCCUUAUUCACAACCUGCAGAAGAUGAACUUGGAUACGAUAACCUAAUUAGCGCACCAGGAGUCGUUGCAGAAAAGCUUGUCAUUGCGUACACGAAAGCCGCUAAAAAAUUUAACGUUCGUCAAAUGAAGGAAAGCUAUUGGAAGGUUUUAACUAACAGUAUGGACAAGGCUGAGGCUAUGGAUGGUGAGAAGAGCUUUUCGCAACUGUUUGACGAUGUUCAACCUCAUCUAUCCCAGAUGAAUCGUAAAAACGUCUCUUUACCUUUAGCCUUUGUCUCGAUGUUGUUACUUUGCAAUGAAAAACACCUUAUGCUGAAAUCGGAGAACGAAUAUGAUUUUAAAGUUUAUCAAGCUCCGAACCCAUACAAGUAGAGGCCAAUCAGUGAGAGUACCGUUAUCAUUGUAUUCUGUUAUCACUGUAGGGAGGUCUACUUAUUGAUGAAGAUUAAGCAAGUACAAUAAAUUGUAUCUAGAGAUUAGCGGCAGCAGAUGAGCGGCGAUAACGAAUGUAGAAAUUAGAUCGGUUCGAUAUUUAAUUCUGUUUCUUUCGAGUCGAUGUAGUUCAGAUUUUAAAAUUUGAAUACACAUACAAAGCGGAUUCUUAUUUUUUGCAAUUUGCUUCACACUGCGUUAGCGGCUCAUGACUUCAAGCACGUGCUAAUUUGUGGGUUAAUCAGAGCUAGUAAAUACAUUCUCUUUUGUGUAUUUUGUGUACAAAACAUUCAAAAGACAAAAAAAAGUGUAGUCAACAUCUAUAAUAAAGAACCAUUGAUUUCAUUUUAGUGUAGACAGAGUGUACAGAAGAAAAAAUUCUGUUUCAUGAACUGCAUACAUAAGGUUUAAUUAUCUGAAAAGGUGAGGGGUACAUCAUAAGUGAAUUAACAAAUUUGUAUAUAGUUUUUAUCAAUCGGGAAAUCAAAUAAAAUGUUAGCGAUUUUGUUUCACUAUUUAAUCAGGUUUAGCUUUGUGCGAAGACAUUUAUACAAUUGCCAUAAUAUACCACUUGUACUGCUACUGUUGUUGCUAGUACCUUUUACCAUAUUAAUAAAACAAAUAGUUAGUUGAGGCGAAACUUAGGUAGAUAGGUACAAGCGACAUCGACUGGACAGAGUGAUGAUCUUGUUCUAGGGAUUUCGUAAAUUAGAAUCUUGUAAUCCAAGUUAU